AUGACUUCCGACAUGGGCGCCAGCGUCCACAGCCGCCGCUGCGUUGUAACCUUAAUCCUCGCUGCCGCCGCGGGCCUAGUGCUUUUCGCGGCGGUGACGUCGGCGAGAGAGGCUCCCAACGACAUUAGCGACGGUGAGCUGAAGCAUAGUGUUCCCGGUGGCCAGGAUCCGGUUUACGACCAUUCACCACCGCCCUACAACAUCAUCAAGCACAAAGUUCCUAGCGGCCAGAACCCGGCAUUGAACCGUUCAUCGCCGCCCUACGACAUCAUCAAGCACGAAGUUCCAAGCGGCCAGAACCUGGUGUCGAACCGCUCACCGCCGCCUUACGACAUCAUCAAGCACGAAGUCCCUAGCGGCCAGAACCCAGUGUCGAACCGUUCCCCGCCACCCUACGACAUCAUCAGGCAUGAAGUUCCCAGCAUCCAGAACCCGGCGUCGAACUGUUCGCCGCCGCCUUACGACAUCAUCAAGCAUGAAGUCCCUAGCGGUCAAAACCCGGUGUCGAACCGUUCACUGCCGCUGUACGACAUCAUUAGGCAUGAAGUUACUAGGGGCUAG